GAGGUGGGGCGAGUCUACGUAAUAUUAAGGGCUGGUUUCAUGUUCGAUGACUAGUUCGUGUUGCGCCGUCGGUCGACGCAUUCUUGUUACGGUGCUCGUGCUCGAAGGUUCUCCAGGACCUACAAAAUAAAACCGCCAAAUUCAAAUUGAAUUUCGUAAUACAAUAACGACUUACCUAACACCCACGACAGUAGAGGGUAUAGAAACGUGAACGUAAAGGGCGGUUUAAAAGUCAUUUAGUUUUUCGAUUAUUUUACCAGCCCUUAUGCAGCAAACUGCUUGCAUAAAAAAAUUAUUAUUAUCAUCAUUAUUGUUAUACAUACGACUGGUUUGACGUGUGUGCAAUUUUUUAUGUCACCCCUGCAUUAAUACUGACAAUGGCGCAGACCUAUAAUCAAAAGAGGAACGUGUACAGCAUCGAUCAGAUAUUGGGUCACGCUAAGGAAGAAGAUCACGCAACAUCCUCGGACGCGGUUGGAGAAUCCGGUGACACCGAACUUGGUCAUCUGAGUGAUCACCAGAUGAACGACGCACUUGGCGACUCGUUGGAUCUUGGAGAAUCCGACAGACCACGUAAAGUUCGUAGGUCACGAACAACCUUCACGACUUAUCAGCUUCAUCAGCUGGAACGUGCCUUCGAGAAGACACAGUACCCAGACGUCUUCACGAGAGAAGAAUUGGCCAUGAGAUUGGAUCUGUCCGAAGCGCGAGUUCAGGUUUGGUUUCAGAACAGACGGGCUAAGUGGCGUAAGAGGGAAAAAGCUCUGGGCAGGGAUACAAGCUUUAUGCACGUUGAACAAGCUGGUGUGAACGAGCUGUCCCUUCAUGCGCACUUGCUUCAGAGUGCCGGCAGUGUUUCAGGGACGGAUCCGUCGACUCCAUCGGCGGGUGCCUUCCCCUGGUUCAUGCCACCAGUCUUUCCACCACCGUGGCCUACAAGCGCCCCGAAGUUACCACCCCUGCAUGCAAUACUCUCGCAGUACAUCGGACUUCCGUUACCUCAGAAUUUGGCGUCUCUCAGCACAGUACUUCCGGUCGGUUUAAAUCCAGCAUCCUCACUCAAUCACACCACGAUCAAUUCUCAUCCGCUGAACAGCCAGCUUCAUCAUCCUCUUAAUCUUGGCGUUCAGAGCAUCCCACAGAAUCUCAGCUCGAAACACGAGAGGGAAGAAGACUCAGCAUCUUCCGACGACGAGAUGAGAAGACAAAGUGCAGAAGUACUGAGAGUCAAGGCCGAGGAGGUAUUACGUAAGGCGGACAAUUAACUGAAAUAAAUUUUUCGUUCCUGUCAAUUUUACAUAAAUUUUUAAUCCAGUUAUUUAAUCGCAAUUCGAACUGUCGAACAAUCCGAAUGCUCGUGGUCCAAACUUAGCGUUCGCCGUUGCCUAAAUUAAUCUCUAAUCCGCGACAGACGAUCAUCACGGUUUGUUAACAAUCUCCUUGUGAUGGAAGAGACAGAUUAUGAGGAAAUUUAUUGAUAUAUUUAUAAGGUGGGAGUGUCAUUCCUCAUAUAUGGAAAAAAAUCAACUUGACCGCUGGCGGUUAUACUGAAAAUUAAUUAAAUAAUAAUCUCUCACUUUAUUGUACUCGUACUCCUCUAGCUUUUCAUUAUUGUUUUAAUUAAUUCGUCGAUUUAUUGGAAACGUGAUGGACUUGUAAUAUAUUAUCUCGUAUCCAAAGUGAUUUUAAAAAAAAGGGUGAUGGUUGCUCGCGUUUCCGCUUGUACUUAUUAGUGCCGUGAAUUGACGUAUAUAGAUAUAUAUAAUUUUUUUAUUUUGCUCCUAUACCUCUCGAUACCGGUAUCUACGUUUAUAUUACGAAGAGCACACAAUGGCGGUAUCUUCUAACAAUGAAAUUAUCUGUAGAUACAUAAAACCAUAGACGUAUGAUUACCGCCUAGCAUAUCGAAUUCUAGUACAUUAACAAAGAUGCGAAAUAGGUGAUAAGCUUUUGUAACAUAUGUGUAUCAUAUAAUCCACUGGCUAGCGUACUCUCUUUUCUUUUCUGUAAAUAACUAUAGAUACCACUUAUUAAUUAAGUGAGAAAAAUAUAUGAGAAUUCGA